AUGUCACCGCGCGCUUUGACGCAUGCCUUGCAAAGCUCGGUCCUCGUCCCGGAGUCGACGCUGGAGUCCAUUUCGUGCGCCAACCCAGAUAUUUUGAGCAGGGAGCAGAGCUGGCAGCAUUUCACGCAGGGAGUCGAGAAGCAGGGCGCCGACCUGGAUUCGACAAGCCGGUUUCUCUACGCAUGGGGGUGCAAAUUUGCGCACCUCUACGCAUCGGAUGGACCUCUUGCGAAACCGGAUACGCAAACAAGCAUCACUGAGAUUACUUACCUAACCGACGGUUCGUGCGGCUCGACGUGUUCUCUUGCCGCCCUACGACCUAUUCUUGACGGCGUGGCCUCCUCCGUGAGUUUCGGAGGACUCGCGAACACGCCGGUCGCCGUCUCAAGCUUCAACGGUGGCAUUCGAAACCCACAGUGGCAGGGGAAGGAAACGAUCAACUUUAUACAAUCAGCGGUUGAUCUUUCCGUACUGAAGCCAAGCAUAUCCACGCCGCCACGAGAUGCACCCGUUCUGUUGGUGCCUCUCAACACACAACUUACCUUCACUAUGACCGCGCAAUACCACACCGCGCUUGGCGAUAACGCCAAGCCGAGCGAGUUCUACAGAAUCCCGGCCAGCCAUCACCUCAACGUGUGGGACCUCACUGAGAACAGUGUGUCCCAACAAAAUUUCGUCGACAGCGCUGACGCGAUGCGGUGGCUCGCCGAGAACCUCUACAUCCCCGCGGCCAAGAAGCCGUUCACGACGUAUCCCAAGCCAGAUCUGGGGGACUACGAGAAGGGAGGAAGUGGCUGUCCAGGGACGGGGGCGUCAGGCGAAAACUCAGAUUCGACACGCCAGCUGCUCUUCGGCUCGGUUCCCGGUGACCACAGUCCGCCGCCGUCUCCGCCAGCAGCGCCCUUGGACUGCUGGCCGUACGACAACCCUGAGGAGGAGUGCAGCGCAUGA